UAUCAAAUGUUUGAUAUGUUUUGAUAAUACAACAUUACAUUGCUUUAAAGAUACUAACAGUUUCACAAAAAUAUGGAACUUCGCGGUUCCUUUUGCUUGUUCCAAAAGCAACUCUCCCUCUCUUUCUCUUUGUCCAUUAUUACUUGCCUUCACUCCCACUACACCACGUUUUCUCAUUCUUUUUUGUUGUUAUAUAUAAAUAGUCUCAUUGUAUUAAGAGAUAACAAAACACUAACUUUAUAUAUCACACAUACCAAAAUUCUGCUUCUAACUUCUACCUUCUUGGCUUUCUUUUAUUGAUUUUUUCAUUUAUAGAACCCGGUUCUUGUUUUCUCUUUUGAAAAAUGUCUUCUUUUACAUAUCAUAGAAACAGUGCCUUCUUUAAUUUGUUUCUUGCAGUGCUUGUUGCAAAUUCUAGCUUUUGCUUCUCUUCUAAGGUUUAUGUAGUGUAUAUGGGAAGCAAAAGUAGUGAAGACCCAGAUGAUAUUUUGAAGCAGAAUCAUCAAAUGCUUGCAGAUGUUCAUAAGGGAAGUAUAGAACAAGCACAAGCUUCUCAUAUUUAUAGUUACAAACAUGGUUUCAAAGGCUUUGCAGCAAAGCUGAGUGAUGAACAGGCUUACCAAAUUUCAAAAAUGCCAGGAGUGGUUUCUGUGUUCCCCAAUUCAAAAAGAAAGUUGCACACUACUCAUUCAUGGGACUUCAUGGGACUUAUGGAUGAUGAAACAAUGGAGAAUAUGGGAUACUCAACCAAAAACCAAGCAAAUAUCAUUAUUGGUUUCAUUGAUACAGGAAUUUGGCCUGAAUCCCCAAGCUUUGUAGACACUGACAUGCCACCGGUGCCACGCAGAUGGAAAGGUCAUUGUCAAAUAGGAGAAGCAUUCAAUGCUUCAUCUUGCAACAGGAAAGUGAUAGGAGCAAGAUACUAUAUGAGUGGAUUUCAAGCAGAAGAAGGGUCAGACAGAAAAGUAUCUUUCGGAUCAGCAAGGGAUAGCUCUGGUCAUGGCAGCCAUACAGCUUCGACAGCAGCCGGACGGUAUGUGGCCAACAUGAAUUAUAAGGGGCUGGCAACAGGAAAAGCUAGGGGAGGUGCACCUAUGGCUAGGAUUGCUGUUUACAAAACAUGUUGGAAUUCAGGUUGCUAUGAUGUGGACUUGUUAGCUGCCUUUGAUGAUGCCAUAAGAGAUGGAGUUCACAUUAUAUCUUUAUCUCUUGGUCCUGAAUCACCUCAAGGUGACUAUUUCAGUGAUGCGGUAUCUGUCGGGUCUUUCCAUGCUGCUAGACAUGGAGUGCUGGUUGUAGCAUCAGCUGGAAAUGAAGGAACUCCUGCCUCUGCAACAAACCUUGCACCGUGGAUUAUCACUGUCGGCGCUAGCUCAACAGAUAGGGAUUUCACAUCUGAUAUCAUGUUAGGAAAUGCUGUUAACAUCACGGGUGAGAGUCUCAGUCUAUUGGAAAUGAAUGCAUCCAGAAGAACAAUUCCUGCAUCUGAAGCCUUUGCAGGGUAUUUUACUCCUUAUCAAUCCAGUUUUUGUUUGGGUAGCUCACUAAACAAGACCAAAACUGAAGGGAAGGUUCUGGUGUGUAGGCAUGAAGAGGGUUCAACGGAGUCAAAGUUGGAAAAAAGUAGGGUAGUGAAAGAGGCAGGUGGAGUUGGGAUGAUACUUAUUGAUGAAACAGAUCAAGAUGUUGCUAUCCCAUUUGUGAUACCUUCCGCUAUUGUUAGAAGGAAAACAGGACAACAGAUUCUAUCCUAUAUCAAUAGCACAAGCAUGCCUACGUCAAGGAUUUCCGGGGCAAAAACAGUAGUAGGAGUUCAGCCUGCACCGCGUGCAGCCGCAUUUUCUUCCAAAGGCCCCAAUGCUUUAACCCCAGAAAUUUUGAAGCCUGAUGUUAUAGCUCCCGGGUUGAACAUCCUAGCAGCAUGGUCUCCGGCAUCAGUUGGAAACAUGAAGUUCAAUAUUCUAUCAGGAACUUCUAUGGCUUGUCCUCAUGUAACUGGGAUUGCAACCUUAAUCAAAGCUGCACAUCCUUCAUGGUCUCCGUCGGCUAUUAAAUCUGCCAUCAUGACUACUGCAACAAUUCUGGAUAAGAAACACGAACCAAUUAGAGCUGAUCCUGAUAGAAGAAGGGCUAAUGCGUUUGAUUAUGGAUCGGGGUUUGUGAACCCUGCAAGAGUUCUAGAACCUGGUCUGGUAUAUGAUUCACAGCCAGAAGAUUUUGUUGCAUUCCUGUGUUCAAUUGGUUAUGAUGAGAAGUCACUCCGUCUCGUUACAGGAGACAACAGCACAUGUGAUGGAGCAUUCAAAACACCAUCUGACCUCAACUAUCCAUCUAUUGCAGUUCCCAAUCUUGAAGGCUACUUUUCGGCAACUCGGGUUGUGACUAAUGUUGGAAAAGCAAGAAGUAUAUAUGAAGCUGAAGUGGUGUCUCCAGAUGGAGUUAAUGUUACUGUUGUGCCAACCCGGUUAGUGUUCACAAGAACAGGACAAAAGAUCAAGUUUACUGUGAAUUUCAAAGUGAUAGCUCCCUUAAAGGGCUAUGGAUUUGGGUUCUUAACAUGGAGGAACGGAAUAUCACAGGUCACCAGUCCUAUAGUUGUCCAGGUUGCAACACCAAGUCUUGGGUUGGUCAGAUAACAAUGCUUGUAAAUAUGUACAUAUUAGCUUAGGGUCUGUGAUAUCCACAUGGUCACUAUAAGAACAACAGUCAUACUCAUGUCCUGGUGAAUCAAGACGGUCACUGCCAAAAACAGGUUACAGCUACAUGUUUGGAGAAGCAAGCGAUACCAAACACAGAAUUCAAAGAAAUUAUAUCUUGAUACCUUCAGCUUACUUUAUCACAAUUUGUCAGUUGUUAAUUACAAGAAAGAACUUUGUUGUAGAAUUGUAGGUUUUAGUCAGUAAUAGUGAUGUAUACUACUUGUCUUUGGUGUUGUCUUUUUCAAAGUGGGAACUGGGAAGUUAAGAUAGUUUGUUAAAUAUUUUAAGAUUUUACCUUAAAUUAAAAAAAAAAAUUGUAAGUGAAAAUUUAUAUUAACAAUAAAAAGCAUAUGAACACAUUUUGCUUGUCAA